GGAGAAAAAAAGAAAAGAAAGAAGGAAAUAUUACAGCUCUACAAGUACAACACAACACAGUCAAGGUACAAUCAUCUACCGUAUCAUCCUUGUCCUGACCCUUCCCCGUCUCGUUCGCUGGGGGCGCCGCUGUCGCGCCUAAGCACCCAUUACGAGUACAGUACCGUACUAUCAUACACACCUACACCUUUCCUAGCUUUAAUUUUAACUGUAUGAUACCGUACCCGGCUGCGACGCCCAUCCACUUUUGAAUUUGCCUUUGUCCGGAACCGGCCAUCCAAUAACUUAGAAAUUGGAUAAAAAUAAGAUUAAAAAAUUUAUACAAAACCGAGAGCCAUGGCGGGCCGGGAUAAUAACGACGCUUACAGCCGCCUCGACUUUGACGGUCCUAUUCACCACCACGACUCCGACGACGACGAGACAGGACCUCUCGCGCAACAACAACACCGACAGUCGCACAUACCAGUAGCUGCUACAUCACCCGUAAUGGAUCCUCGAUAUCGGACGCCCUCGCCCGCUCACGCACUGGCUGGUUACCAGCUCGAGGAAGCUCCAUAUAGGCCUCAACGACAGAAUACUGGUGGAUAUCCUGCUGGCUCUGCUCAGAUGCCCGGCGAUACCUUGGCGUAUCAACCAAGUUAUUCCGUCACGAACCUUGAACAUUCGUACAACACAGCCCCACCUGGCCCUCCAUCCCGAACUGGCCAUCGCCAAUCUAUAAAUUAUUCGCAAGGUCUUUAUCCGGAGGGUCUCCGUGACAAUUACUCCGUCGACCCCUAUGAACCCCAUCCGCCCGAUCAUACCUAUCCCCUGACGCAAUACACCACCCAUCACGACGAUUACCACGAUGAUGAUGACCGACGACCUAUUUUAGAGCCAGAUUCCCCUCAUAGAACUCCUGGCGAUGCUUCUUAUUUUCCGCGAAACAUCCCAUCGCCCGUCUCGUCUGCCCCAACCCCGGGACCGGGCUUGAGAAGAUGGAAGACGGUUAAGAAGGUGGAGCUUUUUAGAGGGAAUUUGGUCCUGGAUUGUCCGGUACCUAAUAAACUACUUGGUGUGCUCCCGUCGAAAGCUGAGCGUGAAUUUACGCAUAUGAGAUACUCGGCUGCUACUUGUGACCCCUCCGAAAACCUCGUCAUACGGAGCUCUUUAUUGUAG